AUUUCUAUCUCAUUUAAACCCCGCCUAAACCCUUUUUAAGUCUGCCUUAUAUAAUUGCUCAAACAUAGAUUUAAGCGCUCUUUCUCGCAGACCUUUCCUAUUUUCUCUCCUCUCCGGAAUUUUAGGGUUCAAACUAGUCUCAGCAUACUGAGGAAGAUCUCUAAUGGCGACCACUCACGUUAGCAAUGGCGAGGCUUCGCCGGGGCCGGAGUCGCUGAAGCCGACGUUCCUGACUUCGUCGGCUUCGUUUAAGUCUCGGAAGAAGCCGACUAUCAUGUCCAGAGCCGGUUCCGACGUCGAUGACAUCGUCAACCUCUUGCACGGCUCCGAUCCAGUCAGAGUCGAGCUCAAUCGCCUCGAAAAUGAAGUCCGAGAUAAAGAUAGGGAAUUGGGAGAUGCACAUGCAGAAAUCAAGGCAUUGAAGUACUCUGAACGCCUAAAAGAGAAGGCAGUUGAAGAGCUAACUGAUGAGCUAAAAAGGGUGGAUGAAAAGCUAAAGGCAACAGAAGCUCUUUUAGAAAGCAAGAACCUAGAGAUCAAGAAGAUAAAUGAUGAGAAAAAAGCAGCGCUGGCUGCACAAUUCGCUGCAGAAGCCACUCUUCGAAGAGUCCAUGCUGCCCAAAAAGAUGAUGAAAUGCCUCCCAUUGAGGCCAUCAUUGCUCCGCUGGAGGCAGAGCUAAAACUGGCUAGGUUGGAGGUAGGGAAGUUGCAGGAUGACAACAGAGCGCUGGAUCGACUUACUAAGUCCAAGGAGGCUGCUCUACUGGAGGCUGAGAGAACUGUUCAAAUGGCUUUGGCCAAAGCAUCAUUGGUUGAUGAUCUGCAAAAUAAAAACCAAGAGCUAAUGAAGCAGAUUGAAAUAUGCCAGGAGGAGAAUAAGAUAUUAGAUAAAAUGCAUCGGCAAAAGGUUGCAGAGGUCGAAAAACUAACCCAAACUGUAAGUGAGCUUGAGGAGGCUGUGUUGGCUGGUGGUGCUGCUGCCAAUGCUGUGCGUGAUUACCAGCGAAAAGUACAAGAGAUGAAUGAAGAGAGAAAGACCCUGGACCGAGAACUGGCUCGUGCAAAGGUUACUGCAAAUCGGGUUGCUGUUGUAGUUGCAAAUGAGUGGAAAGAUGCCAAUGACAAAGUAAUGCCUGUAAAGCAAUGGCUUGAAGAAAGAAGAUUUUUUCAGGGAGAAAUGCAACAACUUCGAGACAAACUGGCAAUAGCAGAGCGUGCUGCAAAGGCAGAAGCACAGUUAAAAGAAAAAUAUCAAUUACGAUUUAAAGUUUUGGAAGAAAGACUUAAAUCAUCUUCUAAUGGCAUUUCCCGCACUAAUUCAGAAGGAAGAAGUAUAAGUAAUGGGCCUUCACGACGCCAGUCUCUUGGUGGAGCAGAACAUUUGUCCAAAUCAUCCUCAAAUGGCCUUUUAUCGAGAAGAACUACUCCUCAAUCUGGAUCCUUCCUAUCUAAUAGUGCUGCAUUAUUAAAGCAUGUCCAGAUCUCAUCGAGAUCAUAUGAUGGUGGUAGAUCACUUGAUAGAGAUAAGAUGAUUCCAAAUGCGAUUAGGGUAGAUAAUGGAGCCACCAGUGCUGGUGAUCAUAUCCCAAGUAAUGAGAUAAUUUAUACACAAGAGGAGAAUGGGGAUGGGGGUGCUACUGAGAAAACAAAAUUACAACAUGAAGAUUAUGUUUCAGGAACGCUGUAUGAUAUGUUACAGAAAGAGGUCAUAACUUUGCGGAAAGCUUGCCAUGAGAAAGAUCAGAGCCUUAAAGACAAAAAUGAUGCAAUUGAGAUGUUGACAAAGAAGGUUGAUACAUUAAACAAAGCAAUGGAAAUUGAGGCCAAAAAAAUGCGCAGAGAAGUAGCUGCCAUGGAAAAGGAAGUUGCUGCAAUACGAAUUAGCAAGGAUCAAGAUCAAAGGGCAAGACGGCUCGGUGCUACCAAGGGAGCCAUAAAUAAUUCUCACCCACUUUCUGCAAGGAAUGCACGGAACUCAUAAGCAGGACAGGGGGUGACUGCAAUACAUUGACCAAACAAGGGGAUCUAUCUUUUCCCUCAUCUCAUUCUUCUUGUGUAUCUUUUUUAUUAAUUAGCAGUCUCGGCCAACUAGUUGGUUUGUAUAGAACUGAUCGAUUUGAGGUGUUCCGAUCCGAGACAUCAUUCACUUCUUGUAUAUUUUGUGUAUUAGAGUGAUUAUUUGGAAAUAAAGUGUGCUUUGACAUUAACUAAA